CUGCGCAGUCCCGACACAGCGUUGUCCCUCACCACGGUAGAAGGGCAGCAGACAGGCCGAGAGCAGAGCAAGGGAAAGCGGCGUGGAGUGCAAAGACAGCCCGGCCUUGCAAGAGAGACGCAACAUGCUGUCCAGACUGAUACUCGUUUCAGCUCCUGUCCUGAAGAGCAGUGCCCCUCUAGGUGCUGGUCUGGUGCAGGCAUCCCGGUCCUUCCACACCAGCCAGCAGAGUCUGGCUCCAGUCCCCGCGCUACCUGAGAAAGGAGGCAAAGUGCGCUUUGGCUUGAUUCCGGAGGAGAUUUUCCAGUUUCUGUACCCCAAAACUGGUGUCACAGGACCCUACGUGCUGGGAACUGGUCUCCUGACAUACCUGCUGUCGAAGGAAAUCUACGUAAUUAACCAUGAAACGUUUGCUGCUGCUUCCAUCGGCAUCGUCAUCGUUUACGGGAUCAAGAAGUUCGGACCCAGCGUGGCUGCGUUCGCUGACAAACUGAACGACGAGAAAGUAGCCAAGGUGCAAGAAGUGAAAGGGCUGGCAGUCAGCAACCUGCAACAAGCCAUUGAAGACGAGAAGAAGGAGCAGUGGAGAGCAGAGGGCAGGCAGAACCUGUUCGACGCUAAGAGGAACAACGUGGCGAUGCUGCUGGAGAUCAACUACAGAGAGAGGCUGCACAUGGUGACCAGCGAGGUGAAGAAACGCCUUGACUACCAGAUCGCUCUUCAGAACCUGCAGAGACGCAUGGAGCAGGAGCACCUGGUCAGCUGGGUGGAGAAAAGCGUGGUGAAGAGCAUCACACCUCAGCAGGAGAAGGAGAGCAUUGCCAAGUGCAUCACUGAUCUGAAAAUGUUAGCCAAGAUAGAACAGGCUCGGGCCACCGUCUAAUCAGCACUUACCCCCGAAGAACGUGAGAAAUCAUCUUCGGAACACCCCUCCCCCCCCCCGCGCCCCUUGUGUGUCUGGAGAACUGCUCAUUGUGUUUAAUUAUAAAUAAACCUGUUUCCUCUUAAA